AUCUCGCGAUAUUUUGAGAGUUUGUAUUAUCGUUUCCACCAUUGCCCCAAAAAAUAGAAAUCGUUUCUGCAUUUUGUUAUUCGAUUAAUAGCUUUCAAUCUGACCUCGACUCGCGGAAGCGACGACGUUGAGGUUUUAUCCUGCUAUCACAAUGAAGAUAUGUUGCCUGCAGUUUUGAUGUACGCUCUUUACGGCGUCCUUUUGACACGACUUUUAACAGCUAACUCGGGCUAGCUGUCCGUGCUGUGUGUUAGCCACGCGAACUUUGUUCCAUUGCCUCCUUAUUAAGUUUGACGCUACGCCACACUUCAGGUAAUAAAGUCGUUUCAACUACGUAUUUAGGACGACUGAGGGGUUCCGACAAUGCUGGCGACUGGAGCAGCUGUGACUAAUGUCACUGCCCUGGCCCAGGUGGACCGGGAGAAGAUCUACCAGUGGAUCAAUGAGCUGUCCAGCCCCGAAACCAGAGAAAACGCCUUGUUGGAACUGAGCAAGAAGCGUGAAUCUGUGCCAGACCUUGCUCCAAUGCUCUGGCACUCCUGUGGAACCAUUGCUGCUCUGUUGCAGGAGAUAGUGAACAUCUAUCCAUCGAUAAAUCCACCCACACUUACAGCUCACCAGUCUAACAGAGUGUGUAACGCCCUGGCACUUCUGCAGUGUGUCGCCUCGCAUCCUGAGACACGGUCGGCUUUUCUUGCGGCCCACAUCCCUCUUUUCCUUUACCCCUUUCUGCACACUGUGAGCAAAACACGGCCAUUUGAGUACCUGCGACUCACCAGCCUCGGUGUCAUAGGUAAACUGCACUGCUGCUUUAUUUGCUUUAUUGACUUUUCAAUUCUUAAAUGGGCAUUGUUCACACACACCGGUGUCUCCAUGAGUCUCAACAAGAUGUCUUUUUGUAUUUCUUUUGCAGGUGCCUUGGUCAAAACAGAUGAACAAGAAGUGAUUAACUUCCUCCUCACCACUGAAAUCAUCCCGCUGUGUCUCCGGAUCAUGGAGUCAGGCAGUGAACUAUCCAAGACGGUUGCUACUUUCAUCCUGCAGAAGAUUCUCCUGGAUGACACAGGGCUGGCCUACAUAUGCCAGACUUAUGAACGUUUCUCCCAUGUGGCCAUGAUCCUUGGCAAAAUGGUGCUGCAGCUCUCGAAAGAACCGUCAGCACGUCUGCUGAAGCAUGUUGUUCGCUGUUACCUUCGCCUCUCAGAUAAUCUCAGAGCCAGAGAAGCACUGCGUCAGUGUUUGCCAGACCAGCUGAAGGACAGCACCUUUGCCCAGGUGCUGAAAGACGACACCACCACUAAGCGCUGGCUUGCACAGCUGGUGAAGAACCUGCAGGAGGGUCAAGUCACUGAUGCCAGAGGCAUCCCCCUUGCUCCACAGUGAUGGGGACAACGUGUGCGCUGCCAGUGGACACAGAAGGACAGAGCACAAAAGUCUCUCGGUCUAGAUUUUGUGUUCGGCCAAAUGUGGUGCUAUAACACUGUCUGCAAACUAAAGGGACUAUAAUAAUAGAAGGAAGAUAUUUUGCUGUUGGGUGGAUUAAUAUCUACAAAUUUGUGUGUCAUCACCGCCACUUGAGGCUACUGUCACGACUGAAAACCUUUUUUUAAGAGCCAGGCAGAUAGUAGAUAGAUCCAUUAAAUAGAUUUUCAAAGAUAUCAGUAAUAAAAUUGAUAAUGGCAUAUAUUUGUGUUUGACAUAAAAAGAUUUGGCAAGUGCCCUCAAAGAUUGGUUGGUUAAAAUGUUGUGAUAAAGAUAUGUCUUUGUGGGACAUCUCACACUUCUUGUGACUUCAAAUCUUCAUUAUCAAAACUACCAGUAGUUUCUGAACUGUAAAACGUGAAAUAUGAAAAUGUACAUUAAAACAAAGCCUGUAAAACAUCUAUUGCUGCAGUUAAAUGCACUAAUUAUCUGCAUGUCUGUCAACAUUCAGGUCAAUGCUAGUAUGGCUACAUUGGUGAGAAGCCAGUAUCUUUGGUUAAGUCAAUCCUUCUAAAAUAUCACCCAACUUUGCUCAUGUCACUUGAUGUACCAUUCCACUUCACAGUAUGAACUGUUUUUUCUGUGCAAAUUUCAAAUCAGACUUUUUAAUCUUCCAGGUGACUGGUUGUUUCUCUUAUUUUCAAGCCUCUGUUGAAAUAUAUAAUUUCUAGGAGUUUUACUAAUACAGUGGAUGUGUUUCUCUAUACUUUGUCAUAACUGGUAUUCUGUUUGGUGGCCCAGUAAGCAAUCUCAAAAACUGGUCUUGUUUUUUCAUAUAUAAAAUGUUUUCCACUUUCCAA